GGAGCCCAAGAGGACGGGUCAUUUGUACCGAAAUAGUAACUUUGCUAGAGAGCACGGUAGACACAUACGCCAUGGGUACCUGACCAUUCGGCGAUCAGCACGGACCAGCGUCAUGCAGUACCAUACGUAAGGUAAUAAUACCUUGUUGUAUGUACAGUACAAGACGAGUACGAAGGGGAUGCAGAACCUCUUGAUAUCAAAAGUUCCACAUCUCGAGAGCGAUGGGAAAUACUACCUAUCACGGCAGCACGCUCUUGAGCACGGAAACAGUGUACUGUGUAAGAAAAGAUACAUCACAGAGAAUGCCUACAGGAUUCAGACUCCUACAAUCUCCUUUUCCUUGUGCCCUGCAGUUCGAUCAGUGGACGACGGUUGGAAAAAGGAGGCACGGGGCAGCGGGGAGAGGGGAGAGGGGUAAGGGUGCGACCGACAGUCUGGAUCACCAGGUUGAUGUCGGACAUGUCAUCCCGGAACACUGGCUGGGGCGACAAAUGCGACCCUACAGCACGUUUUGCUUUUUAGCUGCCGUCGUGAUGCGGCGGUCCCUUGUUUACGCUGUGUAUGAGCUGAAAAACAUCGGUGAGACGCCUAACGGGAUAGCCCAAGGCAGGGUCGAUGAUUGCAGCUGCGCGCGCGUCUCUUUAGCAACCCAACCAAGCGGGUGCAUCACUUGAUAGGGAAAUGGUAGUUAACAAGGCUGCCAAUGUCCCGUGGUGAGCAGCUCCGCGCCGGUCCCAAGUCCGGGUCCCUGGCCAUAAUGCUGGUAUAAUAUAGGGCACCCUGGGAAUAUUCCCUGGCGCGGAUCGCUCAGCUCGCAAUGCGGUUGGAAUACUUCGUACCAACGACCCGGUACGCUCUAAGCGAUUCGAAAGUGCCAUACAGUAAGCCAGG